AUGCUACCACUCGGCGCAGCCCUCUUGUGGCUGUUGGCUACACUCGUCUUUGUAUCACUUCCUGGUUUUUUCUUGUAUUCGCCGGCAUCGGGCUCCGUAAAGCUGAUCAGCUUUGUCGGAGUAUCUGCACUCGCAGUCUAUUACCACUAUGCCGAGUCGGCAGACAUCCUCCUCGCUGACCUCAAGGCACAGCAAUCUGCACAUCCUUGGUACAGCCUCUGUAGUAUCAUGCUGUUCUGCUACUUGUUCAGGAAAGUCCAGCAAAAGCUUCGGUACGUUCGAGUGUAUGCUUUAAUGGAAAAGCACGGCUUCACCGCGAAUGCUUCGACCUUUAAUAACAUGAGUAUUGAGGUUGCCCAAGAGGUCGAGGCCAACAUGGCUGAAUACGAAUUUCCUCGUCUCUAUCAAUUCGCUUGGAUUUCCGACUUUCUGCGUACUUCAACCGACCCUGGUGUAUCUCGUGCCUUGAUCCGAUCUGGCCACAUGGUGAACCCUGAUCCUAUGAUAGAGCAUGAACGCCUUCAGGCCACAAUCCACUUGAUGGGUGCGUUCAUGGCAUAUCCACUCAAGUCGCCAAUGCAUUCAAUGGUCAUGGCUCGCAUCAAUGAACAUCACCACCGAUAUGGAAUCUGGAUCAACAGUGACGAUAUCCUCUAUCUGAUCAUUCAUUUCGCCAUGAUUCCCGGUCAAUGGAUCAAUCAAUUUGGGUACCGCAAAUUGUAUCCAUUCGAGCAACAGGCCUUAUGGGUUCUCUGGCGUGAGAUCGGUUGUAUGAUGGGAUGUCGUUACGUGCCCGAAUCUUUGGCAGCCGCGAAGACUUGGCGCAAGGCCUUCGAAAAGCACUGCCGAUGGCCCUGUGACGAGAACGAGCAAGCAGGCAUGGCUAUGCUUAAUGAGAUUAUCUACAGCUGUCCCUCCUUCCUCAAGCCAGUCCUUCGGGCGAUUGUUGUAUCGAUCCUGGAUUGGGAUAUCGCCUUCUACUGCCAAAUGUUAAAGUUGGGCCGAAAUCUAUUGAUUGGUUUCACCAUGUUCAGGAUCUUCGAUAUCUUGGGAUGGCUGAUCCGCCACUUUGGCUUUCCAAGACUGACUCCAUACAAGAGAACUUUCGAACACAGUAGGAAGGACCACCGUAUCGUGCAUGUUCGACACACCCCGUACGAUACUCUGCCUUUCUAUCAACCUCGCACAUUCUGGAAUAUGUACGGUUUCGGUGCGAUCAUUCGCCGUCUCUUAGGAUUCCCAGCUCCAUCUUUUGAAUUCUACAGCGAGGGCACGACGGUCGAAGCCAUGGGCGCCGCUCAACUAACCCCCGCGAGUCAAUUUGCUGUCGAGCAGAAGGUUCGCCAGAAGGCUGUUGAGCUCCAGAGAUCUCCUCCCGGUUAUCGCCCAGCUAUUGGCUACCAAGCUGGUCGACUUCUCCCGGCUAUAGAGGACGUUGACGAAUACGGCAGCGAACUCAACAGAUACCCUCCAGGAACCCCGAUCCUCCCGGGUUCCGAUAAGCGCUUCGACAAGAAGUAUGAGGUACGCUGCCCGGGUUAUUCCAAGAUUGAUGUCAUGGAGAGCCCAGAAGAUAUCCUGGCUUUUGAUAUCGAUGAAGCAUACCCGAAGAAGCUGGACAAGGUUGGUUCGGUCGUUCUAGCCGUCGUCUGA